AUGUCCAAUUCAGGAUCAGGCACUGGUUCUCUACCCGAAUGGACGGGUGCAUUGGCAACCAACACUCUGCACAUUACUGGCUACCAUUUCAAAUCGGUGGUGACCCCUUGUUUAACGCAUGGCGAGAAUGUUGACAUUGUUCACGGCUACAGGAUAUCCAAUAAGAAACCAGUGAUGGCCAAAGUAUCGAAUAAUUCACUUCAAUUGGAACGCGAAUUUUAUGGCAUGAAAAGACUGUACAAUCUUCCUGAUGGACCAACAUACAUCGUCCGACCUAUCGAAUGCAUCAACUUGUCAAGCGGUCUUUCAGUGGCCAUUUAUGCAAAUGAUGGAUACACGUCAUGGUUACAUCAACAACAGCGACGUGCAUCAGAUGAAUUGCUACAAGAUUCAAGCAACAGCAGUGAUCCAGGAUGGGCACCAGCAGCAGCAACAAGUAGUGGUGGUGGUGGUGGUGGUGGUGGUGGUGGUGGAAGUAGUGGAGGUGAUAGUAGUUGUAGCAGCAGCAACAACAACUCCAUACGAACGCGGGCUAUGAUGAUGCUGCGUCAUAGUGCAGGUGACGUCCCUACUUUGGUUACUCCUUGUCCUGAACAACAACAGCUGGUAUCCAUGCACUGUGAUCUCGGCUCCUUUUUACGAUUUGCCAUCAAAUGCACCGAUUGUCUCGAAUUUAUCCAUCGCAACGACACCGUUCAUGGCGAGAUUAGAUUAUCAGCUUUUCAAUGGAUCGAUGAACAACAACAAGAAGAGGAAGCGGCUGUCAAGAUGUGGAAUUUUGGAUCGGGGAAAUCAUUCGAGACUUACCUUACAAGUGAAGGGUGGAAAAAGGCAGCCAACAACAAGCACAUGACAUACGUGCUCCAGAAUCUUCUCAUGUACAUGAGUCCUGAGCAGACGGGUCGUACAACCUAUUUACCGGAUCAUCGUUCCGAUAUUUAUUCUCUUGGAAUCGUUUUCUUCACCCUAUUGACACAACAAUCACCAUUCGAUGGAGGUCCUCUCGAAGUACUCAACAGCAUCGUCAGCCGAAAGGUGCCUCUUGUUCAUGAAUUGAGAGUCGAUAUCCCCGAAGUGCUCUCACACAUUAUUGAAAAGAUGACGAGCAAGGCACCUGACGAUCGUUAUUCAAGCGCACAUGGCGUACGUGCUGAUUUAAAGGAAUGCCUCAAGAGGCUCACCAAUGAUGAUGAUCCCGAUAGCACAGAGACCAUUUCACCAUUUCCACUGGGAAAGCAAGAUAUCGCAUCCGUGUUUACACUCCCAAAGACCAUUUAUGGACGCCAUGCUGUGAUAUCCAAGUUGAAUCAUGCCAUCGAGCGUUAUGUGGCAGAGUAUCGACCAACACGCGUGCACAACAACAACAACUCAGCCAACCAUGACAAAGCAUCGGUUUCGGGAACAACAAACAGCACCCAUUUUAGCAGCAGCGAAAGUGUUUCGGAUGGAUGCAGCAAUAGCGAGGUAUCUAGUCAAGCUGGUGGUAGCUUCAACAGAUCAACGUCUUUGCGCUACAGUGGCUGUGGGGGUGACCAAGGGAGCGAUGAAGCGACUAGUAUACAUGGAGGAACAGUAGCAAGCAAUAAGCAAGGCGGUACAAGGAUUGUGAGCUUAUAUGGACCUGGUGGAAUAGGCAAAUCAACCAUGUUUACUGCCGUCCAAGCAACUGCUAGGAAAAGUGGAUACAUCGCAAGUGUCAAGUAUGAUUCGAGAAACAAGGUCCCUUAUAGCGGUGUGCUGCGAUCAUUGUCGCAAAUCCUCCAGCAAAUCCUGUCAGAGACCGAAGCUGAUAUUCGCAUGUUUUAUGAUCAUCUCAAGGCGCACCUCGGUUCCCAGUUUUGCAACAUUGCCCUGCUCACAGACUUUGUACCUGAGCUGAAAGCGCUUUUGGAUCCUGGCAGCAUCAAAACGGAGGAGUCAAGCGAUGCGUAUCAAAUGGAUAAUGUUGAAGCUCAGGCCCGAUUUCACAACCUCUUUGUCGAGAUUCUUCGUGCUGUCACUCAUUGGCGUAUGGUUACUCUUUUUCUCGAUGAUUUACAUCAAGCAGAUGACCAUUCAAUCGAGAUUAUUGACAGCUUGAUCAUUGCAAAAGUGAGGAUUCUCAUCCUUGUAUCUUACCGAGACCAAGAAAUCACGCCCAAGUUGGGAGAGAUGUUGGAGAAGGAAGCACCAUGCAUUGAAUUCAUCAAGGUGGACGCAUUGGAUACGGAUUCCAUGGUUGACUUUUUAUGCGACACUUUGCAUCGGUCAAGAGAGGAGAAUCGUGAAGACGUCGUACCACUCGCUGAGAUCAUUAUCAAAAAGACAGCCGGCAAUGCAUUCUACACGGCACAAUUAUUACGCACACUCGAACGCAAAAAGCUCAUCUUUUUCAACUGGGAGCGCAAUGAAUGGGAUUUUGAUCUGGAAAAGAUUCAGGAUGGUACCAGUUACAGCGUGCAAGCGAAUAUGCAACUCGACGUCUCGUUUAUGGUUGCCCGAUUGAAGGAGUUAUCGCGUGACAGCCAACAAGUGUUGAAGUGGGCAUCGUUUGUGGGAGAUACGUUUUCAUGGACCACUGUUAAAACCUUGAUGGAGAGUUCAGAUGCAGCUGACGAUAGUAGUAUCGGCUCGGAUGGCAACGUAUUACCUGACACCAUGACAUUGGAUGAUGAUGGAUCAGUAUCAACCGAUAUCGGCUCUGUGGAAACAGUGGUGGAUACAUCUUCGGCAAUGCGAUCAUUAUCAAUCGGUCAACAACAACAGCGACCAUGUCAACGUCCCACUACGCUCACCAAUUCUCGAGCAACAUCAUCAACAACACUCAAUGACCCCAUGAAUGGAUUGCAAUCGGUGCUGCAAGAAGGAUACAUCAUGCCAUUAGGAGAUGAUGAGUUCAAGUGGAGCCAUGAUCGAAUUACACAAGCUGCUGGUGAAUUGGCUAGUCCAAAGGCUCGUAGUAGAAUCCAUCUUGCUAUUGCACAACAUAUGAUGAAAGAGAACCACACAGACACUUUUCUUAUUGCGGACCACCUCUUGAAAUGUCGAAGUUUAUUGGAUGGAAUGGAAGACAAAGAGCCAUAUCGGAAGGUGUUGAUUGAGGCUGGCAACAAAGGACGUUCGUCUGGUGCUCAUCGUAUGGCGUUCGAUUUUUACAACACUGCCAUCGAGCUUGCUGAUCAUGCCACUGAGUGGCAAGGAGACGAGAAUUACAGCAUGACACUACAUCUUUAUACCAAUGCCGUAUCACUCAGUUGGGUGGUGGGUCAAUAUGAGCGCACCGAGGAGCUCCUGGAUGUUAUCUUUGCACAUGCACGCACGCCAUUUGAUCGAAUGCCGGCAUACCGUGUCCAAUCAAAAUACUGUUUCAGUUGUCAGAUGCAUGAUAAAGGACGUGAAGUGCUCCAUCGAUGUCUUGAGGAUCUUGGUGAAGAUAUGGAGAAAUUCAAUUCGUGUACGGAUCAAGAGCUCAAGGAAUUGUAUGAUGAUGUGGAGCGCACCAUGGUGGAAAUGGGUUCAGAGCAAGUCAUCAAUAUGCCAGCAUGUGAAGAUCCUUUGUUGCGUGGAAUCGUUUCAAUCAUGGAAGAACUGUGUGCACUUGCUUAUUGGGGAGGGCAAAAGAAGGAACUUUAUUAUUGCUCCAUGCGAAUUGUUCAAUUGUCAUUGGAAAACGGGAUCUCACCAGGAACAGGUGGAGGCUGUGAGUUUUGUGGAAUUGCGUAUGCUACAUUGUACAAAAAGUACAUAUUUGCAGAGGAAAUUGGUGCAAUUGGAUUAGCCUUGAUCGACAGGCAUGGUGGACCUUAUGAGAAAGGACGAGCGUAUAUGCAAUAUGCCGUAUUCAACAUCCGUUGGAAAUACCAUCAUCGUGAAGCACUCAAGUACUUUGACGCUGGUAUCAACAUUGCUUAUUCAGCUGGUGAUCGUAUCUUUAUGGCCUUCAACCAAGUCCAUCGGCUGGUCAUCCUCUUUGGACUCAAUCGAAAUCUAGCGGACACGCUUCACGAAGCCGAGAGCAACUAUGAAGAUAUCCAUGGAUGGUCAGCAUCGAUCGACAGCAACAUGUUCGCUAUGACGAUUGUGAGAGUUUGCAAGGCUUUGCAAGGUCAUACAUUUAUCGAUACGCCCGAAGUGUUUGAUGGCGAGGAUGGAUUCAAUGAUGCACAUUUUCUCAAGGAGAGUUGCAAGCAUAGCUCUAAUCCUGAGUUACUUGUGAAUUGGUAUGAGGCGUUCAAGAUCAUUCCACAGACACUAUACGGCCACCUUGAUGCUGCUCUUGAAACUGGAUUUCGCGGUGCUGCCGAAGUGGAUGGUCAUCCUUGUCAUCGUCAUACACGUAUACUUCUUCACUAUUUCUCUUUGGCGCUUACCAUGAAAUUACGUGAAGACAACCUGGAUCCUGAGACAAGAAACAAGUAUUUGGAGCAAGUCAAGGAGAACCAGGCAAAGGUUUAUGAGUGGGCAGAACAUAGCCGCAUCAACUACAUGAUGUAUUGGACCCUGAUUGAAGCUGAACUUGCCAGUAUGGAAAGCAACAUUGUUCGUGCAUGUCGUUUAUACGAGGAGGCUAUUGAUCAAGCACGUGAAGGUGGAUGGCAUCUUGCUGUGUGUAUAGCACACGAAUGCUCUGGCAUGUUUUACGAGAGGAUUGGAUUACGCAAUGUCGCCUACAACCUUAUCAAAAAGGCGAUCGACUUGUAUAUCUGCCACGGCGCUUAUGGCAAAGCACGACAUCUCAGCAACAUUCGUGCAGAUUUAUUGGCAGAGUUCGAUGAUAAUAAUUGCGACGCUCAUGAAGCUGGUGUUCAAACCGAUCUCCCUUAUCUUGGACAUCAAGCUGCCAGCAGCACAUUGGGCCCUUCAAGCUAUGAUCAACAACAACAACAGCAGCAUCAUCAUCAUCAUCAGGGUAAUGAACCCUAUAUGGCUGAUACCAUCAUCCCACCGGUGACAACAGAGGAGACGCUAAUGACCCUUGACAUUGUCGAUAUGGCAUCCAUCCUAAAGAGCUCUCAAGUCAUGUCUUCUGAGAUCAAGUUUGAAAAUUUGAUGACAGCGAUGAUGAACAUUAUCCUGGAAAAUUCUGGCGCUGAACGUGGAGCUCUCAUUCUAAAGAAUUCUGUCAGCACAAAUGGAGGAAAUGGCUAUAGCAAGGAUCCAAAGUACGCUGUAUAUGCAUAUCAUCAACAAGGGAAUAAGGAGGCUAUCACCUAUACCCCACCACGUCAAUUGUCUGAAUCGGAUGAUCUUGUAUCCAGUCGUAUCAUCAAUCACACCAUCCACACGCGUGAGAGUAUCUUUAUAUCAGAUGUUGAGCAAGAUCAGCGAUUUGCCGUGGGACCUUGGUUUGAGCGUUCUGGUCGAAAGUCCAUCAUUUGCAUGCCAAUCAUUCAUAAGAACAUGGUCGUCGGGUGUCUAUUUAUCGAAGGUUCAGUGGGUCUCUUCACACAGCGGCACAUCACAGUUCUUGGCUUGCUAUGUCAGCAAAUGGGUAUUUCCAUCACCACGGCCUUUUUGUUCAUGUCGGUGAAACAAGUAACCAAUGACAAGAUCAAGAUGAUUGAAACGCAAAAGCAAGCACUAGAGGAAGCUCGCAAGAGCAAAGAGGCGGCUGACAAGGCGACUAGGCUACGAGAGAUCUUUUUAGCCAACAUGAGUCACGAGAUCCGAACGCCAUUUUCUGGUUUCUAUGGCAUGAUUUCAUUACUUGCGGACACCAAUCUCAAUGAAGAACAGCUCGACUUGGUGAAAACAGCCAAAGGAUCGUGUGAAGGAUUACUUCAGAUCAUUGAUGAUCUUCUCAACUUUUCAAAGCUGCAAGCUGGCAAGGUCUCGUUGGAUUUGGCACCUGUUGUUGUCGAGGACAUGAUUGUGGAUGUGAUCGAGAUGCUUAUUGCUAUGGCUGUACAAAACCGGAUCAACGUGACUUAUACGGUGGCGAAUGAUGUACCACCCGUCAUACUUGGUGAUGCCAAUCGAUUGAGGCAGAUCAUUAUCAACCUACUUGGCAAUGCAAUGAAGUUUACAGACAAAGGCGAAAUUAGUAUACGAUGCAGCAUUGAUAAGCGAGCCACAAGUACAAAGGCACAAAAAGACACAGUACCGCUAUUAUUUGAAGUCAUUGAUACUGGCAUUGGAAUCAGUGAGGAACAACGUAAAGUGCUAUUUGUACCCUUUUCUCAGGUGGAUGGCAGUACAACGCGACGAUACGGUGGUACAGGUCUCGGAUUGUCGAUUUGCCUUCAGCUGGUUGAGUUGAUGUCGGGCCGUAUUGAUGUGAAAAGCAAGCCGGGUGAAGGCUCCAACUUCAACUUUACCAUUUGGGUUCAAGGUCUAUCGGCUGAAUCGGACCGGUACAACAAUGACAUUGGCAACUUUUUGAAUACAUUACGGGAUACACGAGUCAUUGUGGUUGACAAGCAUCUUUCAACGGUGGAAAUGAUACGGCAUUUGCUUCCAACGGUCAAGGUGGAUGGUGCGUGCACUGUGGAACAUUUACAGCAGCUACAUCAAUCACCCCAUUAUGACGCUAUUAUCAUCGGCAUGUUUUUGAUACAGCCCUCAGAGCGACAAGCGUGGUCAAGUCAUAUAAAGAUGCUUGUGGAUCAAGUUGGAUGUGGCAUGAUUAUGCAUUACCCAAGUGGUAGUCAAAUGAACGGUGAUUUCAACCAUGAUCUUCAAUCAACGCUCUCCAAUUCACGCACAGGUGAUAGUAGUCGUUCAUCCCACAACACCAUUUCACGGAUUGCAAUCCCACUACGACGCCAAAAAUUGCUCCAGACCUUGGUCGAUAUGACACGACUACGUUCUUCUUCAACGGGUUCUCCCAUCAUUUCAUCCUCAGCGACAACAAAAAGCAGCCGGCCUGCCAACCUAAUUACGGAUGAGGAGCGUGCUCUCUUUAGCACUAUGCAUAUCCUUGCAGCAGAAGAUAACCCGGUAGCACAAAAAUUACUCUACAAACAAUUGACGCGUUUGGGAUUUCAAGUCGAGUGCGCAAACAAUGGAUUAGAAGCAGUGGAAGCGUGGCUAAAGCAUCCACCUGGUUACUUUCAAAUGGGUUUUUUCGACCAUCAUAUGCCUAGGUGUGAUGGUGUUGAAGCAACGAAAAAGAUUCGUGAGAUUGAAAAGGAGCACCAAUGCAAGGCUCGAUUACCCAUUGUAGCGCUGACUGCCGAUGUACAGCAAAGUGCAAAAGAGACAUGCCUUAACGCAGGAAUGGAUGCGUACAUCACGAAGCCAAUGAAUCAAAAAUCGCUAGCAGAAGCAUUACGUGCAUAUUGUAAAAGAUCAUAG